UGAAUCGGGUGCAAAAAUUGCGUCUGAUUCGGAUUUGCGCUGCAAACAAUCAGAAUGUCAACAUUGUCAAGUGAUGUAGCCCCAAACUUCGGGGGGUACGUGGAUUUUACCCGGAACAAAGAGCUACAAUUCUCUCCCUAUGCGUUCAGCCGUUAACGCUCGACUACAAGAGCCCUAGAGCUACAAUUCUCUCCGUGUCAAAAACAAAAAAAGAAAAAGAAAAAAAUCUCUCCGUGUAAGCGCUAGAUUUCAUCUCCGCCUAUAGAAAGUUAGGUUUCCCAUUCAAAGAUUUGAUUUUGGUUCAGAAAUUUGUGAUCAUGGCGACAGAACCAGCUUCGACUUCGAGCACUAUUCCUUCUUCUUCAGCCCAAUAUACGUAUUCAAACGGUUCUUAUUUCCCGCUGCCUUUCCACCUUCAACAACAGGAUCCAACGGCAGCGCAGCAAUACUCUAAACCCUAUAUGCCUCCAGCUCCAUCGGUUCAAAUUCCCGCUCCGCCGGUGAAAUUUCCGGCUGCUCCGGUUAUUCCUCCAGUAUAUCCGGCUCCAGCACCAGUUGCCGGUAUAUAUUCGCUUCCUCAGUAUCAGCAGGCACAGCAGUUAUUCCAGAGGGAUGCACAAACAAUUACACCAGAAGCUCUUGAGAGCGUGAAGGCUGCUCUUGCGAGCAGUGAAAUUGAGCACAAAGCAGAGACCAAGAAGAAAGCAGUACCUCGAAAAGCUGCGGGACAAACCUGGGAGGAUCCAACACUUGCAGAUUGGCCAGAGAAUGAUUUCCGCUUGUUUUGUGGAGAUCUUGGUAACGAAGUGAAUGACGAAGUUCUUUCAAAGGCAUUUUCAAGAUUUCCUUCUUUUAACAUGGCAAGAGUGGUUAGAGAUAAGCGGACUGGCAAAACCCGGGGUUAUGGAUUUGUUAGUUUUGCCAACCCUUCAGACCUUGCAGCAGCAAUGAAAGAAAUGAAUGGUAAAUAUGUUGGGAACCGUCCAAUCAAACUACGUAAGAGCAACUGGAAGGAUAGGAUGGACAAUGAGGCUUUGGAAAGGCAAAAGAACCAAACUCAAAAGAAACCAAAGUUGCCGAAGAAGAGUGUCUUGCACAAGUGAGAGCUAAAACUGAUAUCUGAUGUUUUCUUUCCACAGAAUGAGGGGAUAUAAUAGCUAAGCUUCUUUGGAUUUCUGCCUCCAACGGAAGCUUAUCGAUAAGAGCAUUCUUGACAUCUUUUUUUUUUUGGUUUUUUCUUUCUUUCUUUCAGACUUUAAUCAAUCACUGAUGAAAAUUUAUGGCAUGUUGUAUAAUGUCUUAGUUGAUUGUGUAAAAAAUAUCUUGACCAUGGGGAUUAAAGGAAGAGAUUCGUUUUCAUAAUUUUUAUUUUUCUGCAUUUAUAAGAUCGAUGGUUGCUGGAGAAAUGUAGGAUACACUGAACCUUUGUCUUGAC